AUGGAAAAGCUCCCGAUCCGACAUCACACCGCGCAAGUCAUUGAGGCCCUGCUCCAGCACCCACUCGUCGUACUCGUCGGCGAAACAGGCAGCGGCAAAACAACUCAACUUCCCCAAAUCGUAGCCGACGCGCCCGAACUGUGUGCUUGGAAACGCGCACUCACUCGGGACCGUCCCGGCCCGGGCUCGAGUCCCGGCGAGCCCCCCGACAUCCGCAGGCCAGACCGGUUGCGGGUAGUGUGUGUACAGCCGCACCGUGUGGCGGCGAUUUCCGUGGCGAAGCGUGUAGCGGAGGAACGUGGGUGUGCUCUCGGCACAGACGUCGGCUACGCCGUGCGCUGGGACCGGCUAAUCUCGGAAGCGACCUACAUCAAGUACUGCACAGAUGGUGUGCUGUUGCGGGAAUGUCUUGACGGACGCCGCGGUUUUGAGGCCUACGACGUGGUUGUAUUGGACGAGGCGCACGAGCGUUCACUCAAUAUGGAUCUGCUCACAGCACUCGCAAAGCGACUACUGACUCGCAAAUUCGGGCGCCGUCGUGCACAAGACGUGCCCGUCCGAUUUGUCGUCACCUCGGCUACUUUGAACGUGGAUAAAAUCACACAGUUCUUCGACAACCCGCCAGUGAUUCAUGUCGCCGGCCGUUCCUACCCUGUGACCAUAAGACACGUGCCCAUCAAUGUGGUCCACCCGGACCCGGAUACCGGCGACGGGAGGGAUGAUCUGAUAGAAAGUCGGAAGGGCGAGAGAGGUUUGGAUGAGAAAGGUGGACGGAAGCGACGUCGAUUAGGACAUGAGGGGGUGGACUGGUUGAGUCCGGGGGCUGCGGUGUCGGCGUCUGUUGCGUUGGCUUGUCGUAUUCACGCGGGCACGGCGGUGAGUACGGGGCACAUUUUGUGUUUCCUUUCGGGGGCGAAUGAGUGUGAUCGUGCAGUAGCAGAGACGCGUGCAAUGUUGGAGAAUAUGGCCGACGCUGGUGGUGAUGGAGGGUCGGAGAUAGGUUCAGCGGCGGUGAUUCCAUUGUACGGUACUUUGGAUGCGCGUCAGCAAGCGAAUGUGUUUGUGGAAGUGCCUGGAAAUUGUCGGAAGAUAGUGUUUGCAACCAACAUUGCGGAGACUUCGCUGACCAUCGACGGUGUGGGACACGUCAUAGAUUCGGGCACAGUGAAACAGACAAGAUUCGAACCAGGCACAGGUGUGGUAAAUUUAGAUAGAGUGCCAAUCUCUCGCGCACAGGCGACACAGCGUGCUGGCCGUGCCGGACGUACACGCGCUGGACAUUGCUGGCGUUUAUAUAGUGAAGAACAAUAUGGACAAAUGGCCCCAGAACCGUUGCCCGAGAUAUUGCGUGCUGAUCCAAGUGCGGCCGUGCUGUUCCUACUAGCUGUGGGUGUUCGUAACAUUCUGCAGUUCGAGUUCUUGGACGCUCCCGACCGACGGCAACUUGCCCUCGGUCUUCGUGACCUCGUUCUUCUCGGCGCACUUGCGCCUGGUCUACGUGUCACGACCCUCGGCCGUGCAUUAAUGCAGCUGCCACUCGAACCCACCCUUGCGAGGACACUAAUUGCCGCAUUGACCUAUGACGUCGUCCCCGAAGUCGCAGCCGUCGUUGCGAUGCUCUCCGCCGGUCAAGUCAUAAUCCCACCGGCAACGAACGUAAAACGGACUCACCUAAGACGAUCGCACACGACAGGACGAUCGCACACGACAGAACGAUCGACACACACAUACGAGUCACACGACCGGUCCGGAUCGGAACACGACCGGUCCGGAUCGGAACACGAACCGGAGUCGGAAGGUGAGGAGUCUGCAUCGUCCAUGUCUGACGUGUCUGUGUCGGAGGACACUCCAUACACGAUUCUCGCACGGACGAUGAGGUCGUUGCGAGACGACGGCGGUGACCACCUGACAUACUUGCGUAUCUUCACGGAGUACUCAUUGCACGCCAGCGGGAAGGAUGCCAGUGACUGGUGCGCCAAUCACUGCGUGUCGAGCAGGACCAUGGCGGCCGCGGCACGUAUACACUUGCAGUUGCUGGAAGCUAUGAUCGACGUGGAGCAAAUCAUGCUUCAUGGUGGAACAUCUCACCAUGAAGCCCAUCCGGUUAGUGUGAGAGCAGCCCAUCCGGUGUGUGAGAGAGUUACCAUUCCGGCUGCAAAUGGUGACAGCACAGGUGAUCAUUUCGCACAGGAUUCUCGUAGAGAAAGACACUCUGAUGUUUCACACUCUGGUGGAUUGUUGAUGGAGGGUGUGCAUCGAUUGAAGAAGCGCGAGCGCGUAUUGCUGUCGUUAUGCGCGGGAAUGUUUUUGUCAGCCGCAAAGUUGGUACGGAGCAGUGGUUCUGGUUCUGUGCGUGGGUGGGCAUCUGCACGGGAAGGGUUGUUACUGCGGCCAGCGAGUGAGUCGGUGUUAGGUGUCUUCGUGUUCUCCCCGGGUGGUGAUCGACCACCAGUGAGAGUAGAUGCGCCGGAAUGGAUCAUAGCCAGCUGUGUAUCAUCGACGUCGACACAGGGCAAUGCUUUGGUUCGUUGUGCUAGUGCUGUUCAUUAUGAGUGGAUUCGCGAUCUUCUUGCACGUCUUCGUGACGUCUCACUCCUCGACUGUCUUUCUGGACUCGAACGCACACACAACGAUCAAGACUCCUGGCGCGAUGAACGAGACGUCAAAAUCGAAACACUACUCCGUCCCUCCAAACCUCAUCAACCAGAAAUCAAACAAGGCGAAGAAGAACGCAAAGCUCAGGAAAGCGCAACUCAACAACGCGACAAGAAAGUACAAGCUGCCCAGGAACGACUUGCACUUAGAAGACAACAACAAAAGACCAACAAAGCAGAGCGGUAG